AGCGGGGCCGUGUUCCUGAUCAUCCUUUUCUGCUUCAUUCCCGUGCCCUUCCUGAGGUGCUUCGUGGAAGAGCAGUGCGCAGCCUUUCCCCACGACGAGUUCGUGGAGCUCAUCGGUUCGCUCCUGGCCAUCUGCUGCAUGAUUUUCCUGGGCUUCGCAGACGACGUUCUGAACCUGCGCUGGCGUCACAAGCUCCUUCUUCCUACCAUGGCUUCCCUCCCGCUGCUCAUGGUUUACUUCACCAACUUUGGAAACACAACCAUUGUGGUGCCCAAACCCUUCCGAGUGCUGCUGGGCAUGCACUUGGACCUGGGUAUCUUCUACUACGUGUACAUGGGCAUGCUAGCGGUGUUCUGCACUAACGCCAUCAACAUUCUCGCGGGAAUCAAUGGAAUUGAAGCGGGGCAGUCGCUGGUGAUAGCCGCUUCCAUUAUCGUAUUCAACAUCGUAGAGUUAAAUGGGGAUUAUCGGGAUGAUCACAUUUUUUCUCUCUACUUCAUGAUUCCCUUUUUUUUUACCACCCUGGGGCUGUUUUACCACAACUGGUACCCGUCUCGAGCAUUUGUCGGGGACACCUUCUGCUACUUUGCUGGCAUGACGUUUGCCGUGGUGGGAAUCUUGGGGCACUUCAGCAAAACGAUGCUGCUUUUUUUCAUCCCGCAAGUGCUCAACUUCCUCUACUCGUUGCCUCAACUCUUCCACGUCAUUCCUUGUCCCCGUCACCGGCUGCCAAGGCUCAAUCCUAGUACAGGGAAGUUGGAGAUGAGCUACUCCAAAUUCAAAACUAAAAGCCUCUCUGUCCUGGGAACAAACAUUCUGAAGGCCGUGAAGAUCUUGCACAUAGUAGAUGUGAGGAGUGGCACGGAUGAAGAUGGCGAAUACACCGAGUGCAAUAAUAUGACGCUUAUUAACUUUGUUAUAAAGCUGAUUGGACCCACCCAUGAGCGAAAUCUCACUCUCCUGUUGCUACUCAUUCAGGUCCUGGGCAGCACGAUUGCAUUUUCGAUCCGGUACCAACUAGUGCGCUUGUUUUAUGAUGUCUGA